AAAAUCAAAACAAACAUAAGCCCGAUGAACUCAAGUCCAUUGUAUCGCAACACAACAAAUAAUGCCAUUAUACUUAACCACAAUGUUAAAAGUCCGUAUGACAAUAGGUCUACGUAAACGUUUCCGCUAAUGUGGACCUGCCUUGUUGAACAGUUGAACGGUGAACACUCUGGUUUCCCGCGCUUUGUGAGUGGCUGGUUGGUUCGACCAUCGCCGCGUAUUAAAAAGUUAACGUGGGAAAAUUCGUUCGGAAAUUAAAAUGAAAUAAUUGUGUUUUUUUUUGUGAAAGUGAUAUUGUGGUGUUCAUUUAGCUAAAGUUGAAGUGAUGGGGUCAGGCGCAUCAGUGGCAGUAGACACGCCGGGCGGGGACCUCCGUCUGCCAACCUCGGGCCUAAAGUUCAACAUCAACCAGCUGAGAGCGCUCAACGGCUAUGUAGACUCGCUUUAUGAUGACGACCAAAAAGAUCGAAUGUCAACCGAGAUGGAGAGCGCAGUAGAGAGCUUGGUCCAGAGGAUAGUGGACGGCGCAGGGCAACGGGACCCCAGGUUCCGAUGCUGUCAUCUCAUCGCUUUGCACAGAGGCAAGAAGAUGCGUUCACGUUCGCUGGAAUACCUAGUGACCCUCGAUUCUUUGUCAGUUCUAAAUGAUGGGAACGAAGACUGCUGUCUCCAAGAGGGGCCAACAGGCUACGGACGAGUGCGUCUCACUGGUAAAGAGGCUGAGAAGUGGGAGGAGUUCCUGACCCCUUCAGGAUAUUUGUGUAGAGACAAAGUCCUAGAACGAUGGGUGGAGCUGAUCGCGCGUUGCGCGCACGCACGUGGCGGCGGCGGCUCUCGUGUGCUCUGCGCAAGGGCGGCUGCGCGAGCGCACCCGCACAAGUACUGCUACUUAGAGAGGGCGUCCCCACCUCAAGCCAUGACCGACCGUCGCCUAGCCAUCGUGGAAGGCGCAGCUUGGGUGAUGGUCCGUGUCGGCGCCGGCGAAGCUGAAGCGAAGCUCAUGCUGGGAAUGAGGGUCGGUGGCGUGAGUGCGGCCGCUUAUACCUGCCGCGUGCCGCUUACAAGCCCUUUGGCACUCCUACACUACACCGCAGCAAAUCAGGGUUACUACGCAACGGCAGUGGGCCCACCUUCAAACUUGACGUGCGUCGAACGAGCAGCUACCUGGCAGCUAUGGCACCCUUCGUUAGAAGCAACCCUGGACGCGCACUUCUCUGAACUGUCCACUAUAGCCAGGGUAGCUGGUGCCCUCAACUCAUUGUUGGAUAAGAUGAGGGAAGGGAUAUAUCAGGGUUCCCUCCGCGGUGUGAGCCGCUACAUGGCGCAGUGCGCUCUGCGCCGGCGCGUGGAUCGCUGCGCGGUGCACGGUCAGGCCGCUGCGCGAUUGAUUGCGCAGACUCAUGCGUCGCAUCAUCUGCUCUUGGUUUUGGACUCGUUGCUAGCUGUAUGUGAGCGGGGAACAACAGCAGGCUACGUUUAUCCCGUAGACCGAGUUGCCCUGGUGAGGCGAGGGGCACGCGGCGCGGACUGGGCCGCCGAUGCAGCUACAAUUCGACGGUGUAUCAUGGACUUGCAUCGUCUGCCUGGGUCCGAAAACAUCCUGCUGACGCCCUCCGAGUCCCUAGAAUCGGUGCUGUUUUCUCGCUGGGAGAACCUGAACAGAGUUCCUAAGCCUACGACUGGGGUCCCAAGCUUCACCAGACGUCAGCUGAUGUAUCUGUGGAGAGUCGCCAGUGAGCUGGUGGCUUGUAAGAACAUGGUGGUUUGUGAAAAUCACAGCACAUUCCGUGCCAACUUGCUCCAAGUGACCUCUCAGCACGAAAACAUAGAGCAGCUGAUCCACAUCCUGGCGAUCAUGCUCGACCAAGCACGAGACUUGUAUCUGAACAAUAUCGAGACCAGAAGCCUGGGAGAGUUCGACAGAGAUACUUCUACUUAUAGGUCAAAGAAAUGGAACAAGCUAAAGGACUACUACGAUGCGUCUUCAGCAUGUUUGAUCGACGCAGUCAGACGGGACCCGGAGCUACGGACAGAGAAUUUGGACGAUGAGCUCAAUGUAAUGAGGAAUGUGCUCAAUUGGCUUUAUAAAGGUGUCAAAGACGACAAGAAAUACCUCAGCCCAGUCCUCAAGCCAUACCUCGAUACCCUCUUCACCGGAUCCCUAGAAAACUCCUGGUUCCUCGAAGAGUUUGACACUAAGAAGAGUGAAGCCGAAUUCCAAGGACUUAAGGAGUACUGUACUGGUGUCCAUGAUGGGGCGAUUGAGCCCUGUCUCGGGCUGUUGGAUGCAGCUAAGAAGCUAGCUUGGGCUAAAGCUAUGGUGGAUUUUGUGGACAGAUAUAAGCAUAUCGAGUUUCGACUCGUCUUCCCAACUGGCGAGGGCAUGGCGGUGUCAUAUCCGAUGAAACUACCAAGUCGAAGAGAACACAGUGCUGCUAGAGAACUCACACUAAGCCGGAGGGAUAAGUGCGAGGCGAAGCUGCGGUUAGCUCGACGGAGUGUGCUUGGGGCCUUUACUGCGGCCCUUGUAGGGGACAAACGGUAAGUUUACAUGUCAAUAUGUAACU